UUCAUAAGUAACUUGUACGUUCACAUUUUGCUUACCCUUCACAAUUUCUCUCUCUUUUCCUCUUUUUGCCCUGUUGCACAGGGUUUCUUCCUUCCAUGCUCUCCUUCCUUUGAUUUUUUUUGUUCCUCUCAUGCAUGCAGCUCUUUUCUUGCCCAUAUUGGUUGUGCUUGAUCUGCUCGUUUUUGCUCUCACCAGAGGGUUUUUUGGGCUCACGCUGUCUGGAUUUCUGGUUUCCAGUCUUUUCCCAUGUCAGAAGUCUUCGAUUUCAGUGAUGUUGGUGCUUUUCGCUCAGGGAGCUUUCUCCCGAACCCGAAGGACUCAAGUCUAUUCUUGUCUCCUGCUAACCUUGUGGAUCUUUAUCUUUUGCCUCACAAAAGAUCUAGAGUCUGUGCUCCGUUUGUCGUCUCUGAGGAGGCAAAACAGCAGCCAUCGAUUGAAGUUCUUCCCGAUGAGUGUCUCUUCGAGGUUUUCAGACGUCUUCCUGGAGGCAAAGAGAGGAGUGCUUGUGCCUGUGUGUCGAAGCACUGGCUCAUGCUUUUAAGUAGCAUUACAAGGGACGAAGUAUCUGUUCCACAAGUGAAUCAAUCAAAAUCUCAGGAGGUUGAUGAGAUUAAGGCUGAUGAAGAAGAAUCUAACGGGUAUCUCUCUAGAAGCUUGGAGGGGAAAAAGGCAACAGAUGUGAGACUUGCUGCAAUAGCUGUUGGAACUGCGGGCCGUGGAGGUCUGGGUAAGCUUUCCAUCCGGGGAAAUGCAUCUACUCGGGGGCUGACAAAUCUUGGCCUCAAGGCCAUAUCCCGUGGUUCUCCCUCUCUACGAGCCCUUUCUCUUUGGAACCUAUCUUCAAUUUCUGAUGAAGGAUUAAGUGACGUAGCAAAUGGGUGCCGAUCUCUUGAGAAAAUUGACCUCUGCAAUUGCCCUUCAUUGACCGACAAAGGUCUAAUUGCGAUUGCAAUGAACUGCCCCAAUCUGAUGUCAGUUGCAGUGGAAUCAUGCUCUAACAUUGGUAACGAAACUCUUCAAGCUUUGGGCCGCUUCUGCCCCAAACUCAAGUGCGUGAGUAUUAAAAACUGCCCACUUGUUGGUGACCAGGGAAUUGCCAGUCUAUUUACAUCAGCUGGUCACAACCUGACAAAGACAAAACUUGAGUCACUCAACAUUACAGAUGUAUCCCUUGCUGUCAUUGGACACUAUGGGAGAGAAAUGACUGAUCUUUCACUCGUUGACCUACAAAAUGUGAAUGAGAGGGGUUUCUGGGUGAUGGGUAAAGGUCAAGGUCUACAAAAGUUGGGAUCUUUAUCUGUAACUGCUUGCCAGGGAGCUUCUGAUUUAGGGCUUGGAGCUGUGGGUGAAGGGUGCCCCAAUCUUAAGCUGUUUGCUGUCAGAAAAUGUCUGCGCAUUUCUGACAAUGGGGUCGUAUCAUUUGCCAAAGUUGCUGGUUCACUUGAAAGCCUUCAAAUUGAAGAGUGCCACAUGAUCACCCAACGUGGCUUUUUUGGCAUCCUUGCAAACUGCGGUGAGAAAUUGAAGGCUCUUGCACUGGCAAACUGCUUGGGGAUUCGCGACAUGAACUUUGGAUUUCUAUUGGCGCCUCACUGUGACUCCCUCAGAUCAUUGACCAUCCGCAACUGUCCUGGCUUUGAUGACUCUGGCUUGUGCUUGUUGGCUAAAAUCUGCCCCAAAUUGACUCACGUUGAUCUUAGUGGCCUUGAGAGUAUAACGGAUGCUGGCAUUGUACCCCUUGUUCAGAGCUCAAAGGCUGGUCUAGUGAAGGUCAAUCUGAGUAAAUGCAUCAACCUGUCUGACAAUGCUGUCUCGGCCAUCUCAAAGCUUCAUGGAGAAACUAUCGAACUACUAAACCUCGACGGCUGCAGACGUGUCACUGACACAAGCUUGAUCGAAAUCGCUAGGAAUUGCCUGUCGCUCAGCGAAUUGGAUGUUUCCCAGUCAGGGAUAACAGAUUACGGAGUUACAGCCUUGGCAGCAGCCAAGCAGAUGAAUUUGCAGAUACUAUCUGUUGCAGGAUGCUCUUUGAUAUCCGACAAAAGUGUGCCUUUUCUGAUGGCUUUGGGCAAGACUCUGGUGGGGAUGAACAUCCAGCAUUGCCCUGGAAUCAGCUUUGGCGCCACCAGCAAUCUCCUUGAUCAAUUGUGGAGGUGCGACAUACUUUAUUAAGGUGAACCAUUGCAUGAUGGGUGAUGAUCUCUCUCUUAGUAAAAGCUUUUAAGUAGUAGUGUUACUCGUUUUUGGGUCUAUUGGGAGGUGUUGAAGAUUCUCCAGUCCACAAGCAUCGCCUUUUUUUCCAGCUAAUGUAGCCCGGUACUACUUUUUUACCGCUUUCUUGAUGCCAAGAAAGCUGUUUGCAGGAUGGCUUCUGUCUCUAAUGACCAUAGCCAUCCUUUUUACGUACCUGUAUGUUUAGCUGAGAGCUCUGCUGCGAGCAGUGGACUAUCGACCUUCUGAUCCUUCCAACAGUCGUCUCUUAGUGUUGGUUAAUGCAUAUAUGUGUGUGUGGUGUUGGAGCAGGUGUUUUAGGGUUGCUUCUUUUGGCAGUUGGCGUUUCUUGCGUAGCUUCCUGGGGCUUUGGCCGUGGCAGAAAGCCACGACGACCUAUUCUGGUUGUUUUUUCGUUUUCCAAGCCCCGGUUUUGCAGGUUUCUCCUCUGGUUCGUCAUGCAGCCUUCCUCUUAAUAUAAUGCUCCCUACUCUCUUUUUGUAUGUUGAUGAAUAAAAGCCCUCUGCGGCUGUGUGCUUCGUCUUCUUAGCUUGUGUUGUUUGUAUCAGAAACUCUGUUUUGGGUUCUGUUAUUAAACUAGUACUAUAAUACUAUAUUGUUUGUGUUUGACA